AUGAAUACUCGUAAAAACAAUAACGUUGCACCUUUAUUUUCGUGGCCACAGUUAUCUUCCACGGGCACAGCUAUUGAAAUAGGGAGUUUAGGUAGUUGCUCUUACGGAGAGAGUACACCACGAAAUACAAGUUGGAAUUGCAUGAACGAGGUCCAAACUUAUGGAUUUGAUAUAGGACAAGUUACGAGUAUUACGCAAUUGUUUCCACAUACAAGACGUUAUUAUCCUGUUAUACAACAAAGAUACCCUAUUGCAAAAAGAUCUUCCGCGAAAUCUGCUCAAAUUUUAAAAGAAUCCUAUCCGGAAUUCGAUAUUUCACAAGAAUAUAUCGCUGCUACCUUCUUAGAAGAAUCAUACAAUGAAAGUCAUUAUAAAAUCCUUGAUCCUUAUAUGAGCAAUGAACUGAUUUCCGUCGGAAGCUAUGAGUUUGGCCCUGGAAUAAUUGAGAAAUUCAUGACUUUUCCAAUGGGAACUUCCGGAACUGAAUUAAGUAAUGAUUUUAUUCCUUUGUCUGAUGAUAAUACUCUCCGAGAUUCAGAUUACAUUGUAAACCAAUAUCAACCAGAUUUGAGAACCAUAUCAACAUUAAAUUUCAAGACUCCUAUAAAGCAAGUAUCAUCCUCAAUAUAUGAAAAUACUCCUACCAGUCGUGAAAAUACUUUUAAUUGUUGUCCUUCUCUAUUGGCAAUUCGUACAAUGUCUGGUACUACUUUCUUGAAAAUAAUACAUUUAGAAUCGGAAUUAAAAGCGAUUGCGUUGGAUAGCAUAAUACAUGAAGAUAAUCUUGAUCACAUGCAUGUUACAUUCAAUCCAAUGGUAUAUGGUGAAGCAGCUAUCGUGGAUGGUAAUGGUGGUAUUCAUUUAUGGAAAGGAGAAAGGUUUGAAAAGUAUUCAAAAUUUUUCUCUAAAUAUGAUUUCAAAACGAUACAAAUAUCUCAAAUUGACGUAAAUUUACCUUUCAAAGAUUUAUGGAGGACUUGCGUGUAUGGUGCACACCCCCAAACUCUCGUUGUCGCUUCUCGAACUAGUGCAGAUAUCUUUGAUUUUAGGAGUAGGAGCGUAACAUUAUCUCAAAAUCUUUUUGAUGUUAAUAAUAAAGAUAAAAUAUUCUCAUUUCAAAGAUCACCCGUAUCUAAUGCAUUUGAGUUUAUUUUAACUACACCAAAUGAUGUUAUACUUUUGGAUCAACGAUUUCCUAAAAGACCAAUGCUUACAUGGGCACAUCACCACAGCAGUCCUCCCAGUGGAGUUAAUAUUAUAACAAAAAAACAAACUUCGAUUGUUUUAAUAUGGUCAAAGAACCCCCCUACUAUAACAUCAUUCCAAUAUUUAACUUCCACAUCCGGACCUGUAAUAUCUACCAAUCAUCCUGUUUCAAUUCCACCUUUUACCACGCAUCCAACAUUUUCUCGAUCGAAAUACUUGAGGACGCCUUAUACAAUACGAGACGACCAAAUCAUGGAAGGAUAUUUUCAACAGCAUAAAUUACCCCCACUUUCGAGCGUAUUAUUACUUGAAAAUAACGUCUCCUCAAGGAAUUCUACCCAUUUGGGUUCCUGUUUUAAUAUUUUUCAACUUUCUCAGACUGGUGCUUUGUAUUCACAGGUUUUUCAAGCUAGAGUUGAAACAGAUCCCUUUAUCCAGCAAAAUGUACCAUCAAAUUUGCAAAUUAGCGACAUGUCAAAGUCAAUAGCUUCCCUGCAUCAUUUAGCAGAUAUGGAUGUUGGUACUACGCCGGAAUUACGUGUGAAACAGAAUCAAAGUUGGUCUUUUGAGAAAUUAUGGGAUUAUAUUUCUAAAGACUUUAAAUGUGUAUCUUCCUUGAAUAAUGUGUCUCCUUUUGUUCUUGAAAUCGGUGCAUUAUUUGUUUCAUGGGAAAGCGUGCAAAUUUUUUUUGAAAAUUAUGGGCAUGCGUUUGGCUUUAAUUGUCAGAAAAAGUCCAUCAUGAAAGAUCUUAAUGGGAAUGUUCGAUCCUUAACUUAUGCUUGUUUGGAAGCAAAAACCACAAGGCGUAGGGUAAUGGUUCUCUGUGAAUGGAGAAUUACACUUUCAUCUAUCAAAUCAAAUGAAUGUAUUCUUGUAACCGAAUUUAUCAAUCAACAUAAUCACGACCUUUUUUCGGAAUUGUAUAAUUCUGAAGGAUGCAGAUCACGUAUUGACAAUAACAUAGAGAUGGGAGUAAUUCCAACUGAGGAUUCUAUACAAGAAGUUCUUAUGAAUUGCGAUGCACUGCAACAAAGCUAUACUAAUCCCUUUGCAUACAUUUUGAAAAAGUUCUAUAACGAUAAUCGUUUAAUUGUAGACAACACUGGACAUCCUAUAACAUUAUAUGAAAUAUUGAGAAAUAUACCAAACGUUCACAUUAAUGGAUCCGAAGCUCAAAUUUUUCACCAAUUUUCUGAAGCUUCAAUAUUUAAAAAGAAUCCAUUGGAAUUGUUUGUUGAAUGGUCUCUUUUCGAUGUUAAUUUGUUAUUUGAGCAUUUAUGGAAUGAAGAUCUUAAUUCAGCUUUAACGAUUUUUCAAAUUUAUGGAUUCCCUAAUAUUGAUAUAUCUAAUAAAAAACCUGCCGAUAUUGAGAAAGAUAUUAAUUCCUAUUUACAGAAAGCAUAUCCAUUAUCCGCUGGCGUACUUGAAAAUACUUAUGUCGAUGAUCAAAUCAAACGCAGUCGCCAAUAUGCUAUAGAUGAAGUUUCAAGAGAUCUUGUCGAAUGUUCACAGUCUUUUAUUUCGAAACGUCAGAAUUGUUUUAAAUUUUUAUUAUCUUCAGAUUUCCUUCCAGAACAAAAUUCAGAUCUUUUUGCAAUUAAAUGUAAAAAACCAAUUAACAAAGAUGGAACUUCAAGAAAAGAAAAUGAUGGAUAUGUAAUGUCAACGGCAGCACAAGAAUUGUUUGAUGAUUGGGUUAUAGAUCAAAGUCUCGAAGAAUAUGAUUAUAGAUUCCUUGAAGAUAUUAUGGAAACGUCAAAAGCUUCAAUAAAUAAUUUAGAAAAGGAACAAGAGGAAGAAUUACUUAAUGAAACGGAAAAUCCUUCCAUAAAGAAUAUCGAAGGAUAUGAAUCUACAAAUGUCAUGGAUAACGAGAUUUCGAAUAGAGCCGAAUCUUCACGGAUAACAUUGCAACCUGCAUUAAAUGUUUCUGAAGGAGGAGGUUUAAGUCAAAUAUUGGAAAAACCAAAAAAGAAAAAACGAAGAUCUGGUUUCCGAUAA